AUGUCUUUGCCAAUUAGAAAUUCAAUUAAAAGAUAUAAAGAACAAUUAAAAAAACCAUUAUUUAAAAAUGAAGCAUUAUAUCAAUUAACUAAACUUUAUUUAUCAUUAGAGAAUGAAAUUAAUGAAAAUGAAUUAGAUGAAUGUAAAGAUUAUUUCAAUCAAUUGAAACAAUCUGGAGUAUUAAAAGAGAGUCAAAAAGAAUUAAAAGAGAUUACCAUUGAUUUUCAAACAAUAACAAAACAAUACGAUCUUGCAGAACAAUCAUUACAAUCUGCUAUCAAAUCAUAUCCAGAUAACUUAAAUUUCUUAUUAAAAAAUAUUAAUCUUUUAUCAAUAAAUAAAAAAUAUUAUGAAUUCUUUAAAUCAAUUAAAGAUAGUAAAAUUAAAUAUCAAAGAGAUUUAAAAUAUUUAAAUUUUAUAAUCAAACAAAUUGAUAAUGUAGCAAUUAAAGCAAUUAAAGAAAGUGUUGAAGAAAUUCAAGCAAAUACAAUGUUAUUAAAUGAUUCAAUGAGUUAUUUAAAUUUAAUUACAUUAAAAACUGAAAUUUUAGAUUAUAUUAUUAGAGCAACAAUUCAUAAUAAUUUGGUUAGUAGUAAUAGCAGUGGUAGUAUUGAUGAUAUUGAUGAUAUUGGUGAUUAUUAUGGUAAUAAUAAUUUUAAUCAAAAAUUAACAAGACAAUUAAAAGAAUUUAAAAAACAAGUAAAGAAAAUUAGAGAAUUAGUAUCACUUUAUAAAGAGCCAAUUACAUUAUCACCAUCAUUAGAAGAAUUUAAUGAAAGAUAUUUCUUUUAUAAAGGUAUUUUAAUUGAUUAUGAAUAUUCAAAUAUUAGUAAUAUCACCACUUCAAUUAGUAAUAUAAAGAAUAGACAAAAUCCACCUUUCAAAAGUUACUUAAAAUCUUUACAAAAGGAUAUCACCAAAUCGUCAUCAUCAAAUAUGCUUGAACCAAUAGUUAAAUUAUCAUCUGAAGUAUCAAGACAAUUAUUUUAUUCAAUUAAUAGAAUCAUUGGUGAUGGUAAUGAAAUUGAUUUAAAACUUAAUUUCUAUGCAUCAUUAAAUAACAAUAUCAAUAUGAAUCUCAAUAUUGGUGAUAGUGGUAUGUAUAAAUAUUUGGAUUAUUUAGUUUCAAAGUUUAAUUCAGUUUCAUCACCAAAUGAUACUGAUCAAUUGGAUACACUUUUCAUUGAAUCAAUUGAAAAGAAUGAUUUCCAAUAUCUUUUAAAUAAUCCAUUAGAGUUUCAACGUUUUAUUAGUUUUAGUUUAUGGCAUAUCAAUAAAACUUCAAGUUAUACAACUUUAAUUUGUUGGUUAGAUAAAAUUUUUAAUAAAUUUAUUAAUAGAAUUAAUUUUGAAUUACAACAACUUUCUUCAAAAUCAUCAUCAUCAACUACUACUACUACUACUUCCUCUUCUUCACAUAUUACUUUAUUACAUAUUAUAGUUUAUUGUAUUAAUUUAAUAUUUGAAACCGAUUAUCAGCAAGAUUAUCAACAACAACAAAAACAACAACAACAACAACAACAACAACAAAGUUAUCAAUUAUCAAGUUUAGAAGUUUAUUUAGAUUCAACAUUGAAUGUACCAUUUUUAAGAAACUCAUUACCAUGGAAAAUUUGGAAUUCAAUGAUUUAUUAUUCAAAUUUAAAACCAUCAUCAAAAAUUAAUUCAACAGAGAUAUUUUCAAUUACAACCUUAUCAGAGUUGUUAAAUGGUAUAUUAAAGAAUGGUGAUCAUCUUCAUCCUUUAACUUGUUAUAAGAUUGCCAAAGAUUUACCAAUGAUCACUCAACAUUAUCAAAACGAAGUCGAUUUAUCACAAACUGAUAUUGACAUUUCAAAAAUUCAAGCAACUUAUUAUCUUAUAACUUUACGUCAUAUAACUUAUUUAAAUCAACAAAGACAACAACAACAACAAGAUAAUAACAAUAAUAAUGAUAUUAAUAAUAAUAAUAAUAAUAAUAAUCAAAUAAUUCAAGAUAAAAACUUUUUAAAAAAUAUUGAAAAUACUUGUAAUCAUUGUUUAUCAGAUCUUUAUAAAGAUAAACAAAAUUUAAAAGGAGCAUUACAAUAUUUACUUAAAGUUGAUACACCAAUUGCUUAUGUUGAAACCAUUUAUCUUUGUAGAGAUAUCAUUUAUAAUAAUAAAUCAAAUCCUGCUUAUACAAGACCAGUCAUUCAAUCUUUAAUCACUUUAAUGAACCAAGUUUGGAAUAAAUGUCAAGAUUUCAAUGCAAAUGAUUUGGAUUACUAUCAAGUAGAUCAUGAUGAAUAUUUAAAUGAUAUUGAUGCUUCUUUAGAAAUUAUUACAAAAUUAAAAGAUCAAUAUAAUUUUUAUGAUGUACCUUCCACACCUUCAUCAUCUUCUUUAUACACAACACCUACUAAACCAACAACAGUUGUACCAUUUUCUUCAAUUUAUGGUAAUAAUUAUAAUAAUAAUAACAAUAAUAAUAAUAAUAGUCUUAUUAGUAGUACACCACAGCGUGGAAGAUUAUCAUUACCAUCUACCAGUACACCAUUAAAGGUUUCUAUGCUUUCAAAUUCACCAAACAAAUCAAAUAAUAAUAAUAAUAAUAAUAAUAAGCAAAUUCAACAAUCUCAACAAAAUAAAUCAGAUUUACCAAAAUUCAAUGUUGUAGAGGAAGAGGAAGAAGAGGAAGAAGUUGAUAUAAAUUCAUUUAAAGAUGUAUUUUUACAAAGAAGAAAAGAAAGAGCAGAAUUAUUGAAAACAUUAUCAAAUAAAAGAAAAGCAUUGGUUUGUCCACAAGAAUUCAAUAAACCGUUGAGAAGUUUAGAUUAUGUCCCUCCGGAAGGAACUGUAAUCACUAAACCAACAGUUGUUCCAACAACUACAACUUCUCCAAUUCAAACUAAUAGUGCUUUCUUUGGUACUACUACUCCAAAUUCUUUAUUAGUAAAUCCUGUUGUUCCAUUACCAACAACUUCAACUUCACCACCAUCAUUAUUUGGAGUUACUACCACCACCACCACCACAUCACCAACAAGUUUAUUUGGAAAAACAAAUACAUCACCAUCCAGUAUAUUUGGUACAACUCCUACUUCAACCUCUACUUCAACUGCACCAUUAUUUGGUACUUCUGCUCCAACCUCAUCAUUAUUUGGUACAACUGCUUCCUCCACCCCAUCAACCACCGCUACUCCAGCCACACCAUUCAGUACAACAGCUACUUCCACCCCAUCAACCACCACCACUCCAGCCACACCAUUCAGUACAACAGCUACAACCACUCCAAAUAUAUUUGGUUCAACAUUAACAACUGGCUUGUUUGGUACAAAAACACCAACCUCUGUUUCUUUACCACAAUCAAUAUCCACUCCUACUUUAGCAGAUAAAACAAUUAAAACAGAAGAAUCAACAACCUCUGUUUCUCCACCACCACCACCACCAUUACCAACCAAAUCCAAUACUCCAACCAAACCAGCAACAAUUACACCAACAACAUCAAAUGCUACAUCAUCAUCAUCGUCAAUGAGUUCAAUAUUUGCAAAUGCAUCAGUUAAUGCCUCAUCUAUGUUUGGUAAUACAUCCUCAUCAAGCUCAAUUUUUGGUACUCCAUCAAGUCAAACAUUUGGAUCAAUUUCAUCACCAACUUCAAAUUUAGGUUCAUUAUUUGGUGGUACAAAAGAUUUUAAACCAGUUGAAACUACAACAAUUACUACAGCAACUUCACCACCAUCAAUCUCAGAAAAUAAAUCAACCACUACAUCAGAUACAAACAAACCAGUUGAAACUACAACAACUACUACUGCAACAUCACCACCAUCAAUCUCAGAAAAUAAACCAAUCACUACAUCAGAUACAAACAAACCAGUUGAGACUACAACAUCAAAUACACUAUUUGGCGCAACAACAACUACAACUGGUUUAUUUGGUUUAACAAAAACAUCAAAUACAGCAACAGGUAUUUCAUUAUUUGGUAAUUCAUCAUCCAUUUUAAAUAGUUCUUUGCUUUCAAAGAAAGAUGGGUCAAGUGAUGAAGAUUCUGAUGAAGAUUCUGAUGAACAAGAUUCUGAAGAAGACUCUGAAGAAGAAAAAGGAAAAACCACUAAAUCCAAUAGUUCUCUUCAAAGAAAGAAGAAUGAAGUCUCUCAUAAGAAAGAUUCUAAAAAUAGAUUACAAACCUUAAAGGAUAAAAUUUCUAAAAAAAAUAAUAAUAAUAAUACUCAAAAGGAUAUUAUAAAACCACAACAACAAAAACAACAAACAUCACAAUCAUCCAAAAAUUUAAGUGACGAUGAUCAAGAUGAAGAAUAUGAGAGCCAAGAAGAAGAUGAAAAUCAAGAUGAUGACCAAGCAAAUGAAGAAUAUGAUGAAGACGAUUAUGAAGAAGAGGAUGAAGAUUAUGAAGAAGAUGAAGAGGAUGAAGACGAAGAGGAAGAGGAAGAGGAAGACUAUAAGGAGGAUCCAAAUAAACCAAAACCAACAUUUUUAUUUGGCACGUCUUCAACAACUUCAAAUCCAGCACAAACUACAACUCCAACCACUUCUACACCUACGCCCUCCUCUAGUAUCUUUGGUCAACCACCAACUAGUAGUAGUGUUUUCGGUUCUAAACCAACCGUUUUUGGUUCAGCAUCAUCAAAUAGUUCAAGUGUUUUCGGUCAAACUACAACAAAACCAUCAACUGGUUCAAGUGUUUUUGGCCAAAAUUCAUCCAGUGUUUUUGGUCAAACUACUACACCAUCAAGUGGAACAGGUGUUUUUGGCCAAAAUUCAUCCAGUGUUUUUGGUCAAACUUCCACGGGUACAGGUGUUUUUGGCCAAAAUUCAUCCAGCAUUUUUGGUCAAUCAAAUGGGGUAAUGGGUUCGACAUCAACUCCAUCCUCAACAAGUAUUUUUGGUGUCAAGAAAUCCGAUGAACUUACAAAGAAGACUGAAGAAUCUGUAAAGAAGACUGAAGAAUCUGCAUCAUCAACAACACCAAGUAAAUUAAUUUGGAAAUGCUUGUGUUGUGAAAAUGAAAAUUCAGAAAAAGAAAAAAGUUGCUCAGUUUGUAUGGUUCCAGUUCCAAAGAAUGUUAAAUUUGAAUCACCAGCUUCUGAAUCAAAUACUAAACCAUCAUUAAUCGCUCCAACUGCAUUUGGUAGUAAUGUUACACAAACUUCAACCCCAUUAGGUAAAUUAAUUUGGAAAUGUUUAUGUUGUGAAACUGAAAAUUUAGAAAAGGAAACAAGUUGCUCCGUUUGUAUGGUUCCAUUACCAAAGAAUGUUAAAUUUGAAUCACCAGCUUCUGAAUCAAAUAAUAAACCAUCAUCAUUAUUUGCUCCAACUGCAUUUGGUGGCAAUGCACCACCAACAACUUCAACUGCUGUUGAAUCUUCAAAAUUAUUUGGCGGCGGUGGUAUUACUUUCAAUGCACCAAAUAUAUUCGGUAACAAUAGUAAUCCAUCAAACUUAUUUGGCAGUGGUAAUAACAAUUCUUCAUCACUAUUUGGUGGUAAUUCAACAACCAAUCCUCCUCCAUUAUUUGGAAAUAAAUCUGAUGUCAAAACUGAGGAAUCAGAAAAGAAGGCUGAAGCAUCUACUCCAUCACCAUCAACCACAUCAGGUAAAUUAAUUUGGAAAUGUUUAUGUUGUGAAACUGAAAAUUCAGAAAAGGAAAAGAGUUGUUCAGUUUGUAUGGUUCCAGUUCCAAAGAAUGUCAAAUUUGAAUCACCAGCUUCUGAAUCAAAUACCAAAUCAUCAUUAUUCGCUCCAACUGCAUUUGGUGGCAAUGCACCACCAACUACUUCAACUGCUGUUGAAUCUUCAAGGCUAUUCGGUGGCGGUGGCGGUAAUGGUAUUACUUUCAAUGCACCAAAUAUAUUCGGUAACAAUAAUAAUCCAUCAAACUUAUUUGGAAAUGGUAAUAACAAUUCUUCAUCACUAUUUGGUGGUAAUUCAACAACCAAUCCUCCUCCAUUAUUUGGAAAUAAAUCUGAUGUUAAAAUUCAGGAAUCUGAAAAGAAGGCUGAGGAAUCCGAAAAGAAGGCUAAUGAAUCUACUCCAUCACCAUCAACAUCAACCCCAUCAGGUAAAUUAAUUUGGAAAUGUUUAUGUUGUGAAACUGAAAAUUCAGAAAAAGAAAAAAGCUGCUCCGUUUGUAUGGUUCCAGUUCCAAAGAAUGUCAAAUUUGAAUCACCAGCUUCUGAAUCAAAUACCAAAUCAUCAUUAUUCGCUCCAACUGCAUUUGGUGGUAAUGCACCACCAACUUCAACCGCUGUUGACUCUUCAAAAUUAUUCGGUGGUGGUGGUGGCGGCAGUAAUACUAUUACUUUCAAUGCACCAAAUAUUUUUGGUAACAAUAACAAUAAUACAUCAAACUUAUUUGGCAGUGGAAAUAGUACAUCAACACCAUUAUUUGGAACUAAACCAACUGAAACUAAAGCUGAAGUUAAAGCUGAAUCCAAAACUGAAUCUAAUGUUGAAGAAACUGCUCCAUCAUCAACAUCAACCCCAUCAGGUAAAUUAAUUUGGAAAUGUUUAUGUUGUGAAACUGAAAAUUCAGAAAAAGAAAAAAGCUGCUCCGUUUGUAUGGUCCCAUUACCAAAGAAUGUCAAAUUUGAAUCACCAGCUUCUGAAUCAAAUACUAAACCAUCAUCACUAUUCGCUCCAACUGCAUUUGGUGGUAAUGCACCACCAACUUCAACCGCUGUUGAAUCUUCAAAACUAUUCGGUGGUGGCGGCGGUAAUACUUUCAAUGCACCAAAUCUUUUUGGUAACAAUAAUACAUCAAACUUAUUUGGCAGUGGUAAUAGUACAUCAACACCAUUAUUUGGAACUAAACAAACUGAAAUUAAAACUGAAGUUAAAGCUGAAUCCAAAAUUGAAUCUAAAGUUGAAGAAACUGCUCCAUCAUCAACAUCAACUCCAUCAGGUAAAUUAAUUUGGAAAUGUUUAUGUUGUGAAACUGAAAAUUCAGAAAAAGAAAAAAGCUGCUCCGUUUGUAUGGUCCCAUUACCAAAGAAUGUCAAAUUUGAAUCACCAGCUUCUGAAUCAAAUACUAAACCAUCAUCAAUAUUUGCUCCAACUGCAUUUGGUGGCAAUGCACCACCAACAACUUCAACUGCUGUUGACUCUUCUAAAUUAUUUGGUGGUGGCGGCAGUAAUACUAUUACUUUCAACGCACCAACUUUAUUCGGUAACAAUAACAAUAGUAAUCCAUCAAACUUAUUUGGCAGUGGUAAUAACAAUUCUUCAUCACUAUUUGGUGGCAAUUCAACAACCAUCCAACCAUCGCAAUCAUUAUUUGGAACUAAGUCAACUGAAACCAAAUCUGAUGACCCAAUGUCGCUUAAAGAAAUGUCAAAUACAAUUCAAGAUAAUGAUGAUCAAAAUUCAGAUUCAGAAUCACAUGAAGAAUUAGAAUCAGGAUCAGAAGAAGAAGAAGAACAACAACAACAACCAAAAGUUACAUUGUUAUCAUCUUCAUUUACUCCCCCAUCAUUUGCUCCUCCAUCAUUUGCUCCAUCAUCAUUUGCUCCAUCAUCAUUUGCUCCUCCAUCAUUUGCUCCUCCAUCAUUUGCUCCAUCAUCAUUUGCUCCAUCAUCAUUUGCUCCUCCAUCAUUUGCUCCUCCAAAACCUGAAAAUACAUCAACACCAACAUCAUCAAUCUUUGGAUCAUUUAGUUCUCAACCAAGUGGUGGUGGUAUUUCAGCAUUUGGACCAGUUUCUAGUAAUUCAUCAUCUCCAUUUGGAAGUGGUUUCGGUUCAGCAUCAAUACCAUCAUUUGGACAAUCUCAAGUUAACCCAUUAACAAUCAAUCCAACCUCAACUUCUCCAACAGCCGUAUUUGGAGGUUCAACUACUUCUCAAUUCUCAUCAUCAUCACCAGCACCAAUUUUUGGUUCAACUGCAACUAUUAAAACAUUUGGCGAUUUAUCGAAACCAUCCUUAUCAAAUAAUGAAAAUAAAGACCAAACUUCAUCAUCACCUUCAAAACCAUCACCAUCACCAUCAAAUCCAACUUUUGAAUCUAUUAACAAAGAAAAAGAAAGUGUUGAGGAUAAAAACCAAGAAAAAGAUGAGUUAAAAGAUGAAAAAGAUGAAUUAAAAGAUGAAAAUGAAAAGAAAGAUGAAAAUGAAAAGAAAGAAGAAACUGUCGAAUCAGACAAAGAAAAAGAAAAAGAAGAAACAUUAGAAGAAACUAAACAAUCAAUUGAAUCUGAUAAAAAAGAAGAGAAAAAAGAAGAAAAAUUAGAAGAAAUUGUUCAAUCAGACAAAGAAAAAGAAAAAGAAGAAACUUUGGAAGAAACUAAACAAUCAAUUGAAUCUGAUAAAAAAGAAGAUGAAAAAGAAGAAAAGUUAGAAGAAAUUGUUGAAUCAGACAAAGAAAAGGAAAAAGAAGAAACUUUAGAAGAAACCAAACAAUCAAUUGAAUCUGAUAAAAAAGAAGAUGAAAAAGAAGAAAAAUUAGAAGAAAUUGUUCAAUCAGACAAAGAAAAGGAAAAAGAAGAAACUUUAGAAGAAAUCAAACAAUCAAUUGAAUCUGAAUCUGAUAAAAAAGAAGAUGAAAUGGAAAAAGUAUUUUCAAGAAUUGAAGAAACUAUAAAACCAAACUUUUUUUCAACCAAAGAAGAUGAGGAAGAAAAGGGUGAUGAGUUAAAAGAUGAAAAAGAUGAAAAUGAGAAUGAAAUAGAAUCAGACAAUGAAAAAGAAAAAGAAGAAACAUUAGAAGAAACUAAACAAUCAAUUGAAUCUGAUAAAAAAGAAGAUGAAAAAGAAGAAACAUUAGAAGAAAUUGUUCAAUCAGACAAAGAAAAAGAAAAAGAAGAAACUUUAGAAGAAACUAAACAACCAAUUGAAACUGAUAAAAAAGAAGAUGAAAAAGAGAAUGAAACAGAACCAGAAAAACAUAUUGAUAAUGAAAAGAAAGAUGAAAAUGAAAAGAAAAAUGAAGAUGAAAAGAAAGAAGAAGAAACUGUUGAAUCAGACCAAGAAAAAGAAAAAGAAGAAACUAAACAAUCAAUUGAAUCUGAAUCUGAUAAAAAAGAAGAUGAAAUGGAAAAAGAAUUUUCAAGAAUUGAAGAAACUAUAAAACCAAACUUUUUUUCAACCAAUAAAGAUGAAAAAGAUCAAGAAACCAAAGAAGAUAAUGGCAACAGUGACAACAACAUUGACCAAGAAACCAAAGAAAAUGAAAAAGCUAGUAAAGAAAUCCAAGAUGAAGAAGAAGAAAAAGAAAAAGAACAAGAAGAACCAAAUCUUUCAUUAUUGUCAAUGGAUCCAGUUAGAUGUAUGUCAUUAAGUGGUUUACCAAUCUUUGACCAAACUGUUAAAGUAGAGGAAGAGAUCGAAUAUGAAAAAGAUGAUGGUGAUGAUGAUGAUGAUGAUGAAACAAUCGAAAAAGAUUCAUCGUCAACUACUACUUCUACUACUACAACUAGUACUACAACUGCAUCAACACUUACUCCCCAAAAGCCAUUGUUUGCACCAUCAUCAUUUGCACCACCAUCAUUUUCAUUACCAACACCAACUAUUCAAGCUUCAUCAAUCUUUGGAUCAUUUAGUUCUCAACCAAGUGGUGGUGGUAUUUCAGCAUUUGGACCAGUUUCUAGUAAUUCAUCAUCGUCUCCAUUUGGAAGUGCAUUUGGAAGCUCAUUCGGUUCAACAACAAUUCCAUCAUUUGGACAAUCUCAAGUUAAUCCAUUAACAAUCAAUCCAACCUCAACUUCUCCAACACCAGUAUUUGGAGGUUCAACUACCUCUCAAUUCUCAUCAUCAUCACCAGCACCAAUUUUCGGCUCAACUGCAACUAUUAAAACAUUUGGUGAUUUAUCAAAAUCAUCCUCAUCAAAUAAUGAAAAUAAAGACCAACCAUCAUCAUCACCAUCACCAUCAAAACCAACUUCUGAAUCUACCACUAAAGAAGAAAAAGUUGAUAUUGUUGAAGAUAAAACCGAUAAAAUAGAAGAAAAUAAAGAAGAUAGUGAAGAUGAAAAAGUUAUCACUGAAGACACAAAUAAUCAAAGUGAAAUAAAAGUCGAAGAAAAUAAAGAAGAAAAUAAAGAAGAAAAUAAAGAAGAAAAUAAAGAAGAAAAUAAAGAAGAAGAAAAAGAAGAAGAGAAAAGAAUUAAACAACAACAACAAUCUAUUGAAUCUGAGUCUGAUAAAAGAGAAAAUGAAAUGGAGGAUAAAUUUUCAAAGAUUGAAGAACUAGUUAAACCAGACUUUAUUCCUUGUAAAGUUGAAGAAAAAUUAUCUGAGGAACAAACUAAAGAAAACAUUGAUAAUAAUGAUGAUAAUAAUACAACCUCAUCAAUUGUUGUUCAAGAAAAUACCACAGAAACUAUCUCUGAAAAUGAUAAUGAUCAAUCAAUCCAACUCGAUUCCAAUAAACAAGAAAUCAAAAAAUCAAUCGAAUCUGAAUCUGAUAAAAAAGAAGAAGUAAUGGAAAAGAAUUUUACAGAGAUUGAAAAUUUAGUAAAACCAAAUUUAAUGAACUCAACUCAAGAAGAACAACAAAAUCAAGAGAACAAAGUAGAAAAAGAAGAAGAAAAUGUUAAUAAAACUGAAGAAAAAGAAGAGGAUGAAAAUUUGGAAAAACAAAAUCAAACCAUUGAAAAAGAAAAUGAGGAAAUUUCAGAAUUAAAAGAUAUCCAAGAAAAUAAUGAAAAUAAUGAAGAAUCCUCAACCUCUUCCGACGGUGAAGAAUCAAAAUCAAUUAAAGAUGUCGAUACAUCUUAUGAUGAUGUCGAUUAA